AUGCCUAUUCAUCGCACCAUUAAAAACGUUGUCAAGAACUACACACCUGCAGAGGUGAAGGUUAGGGAGGCCACGUCGAACGAUCCGUGGGGCCCAGCCACGACACUAUUGAACGAAAUUGCUGAGUUAACGCACAGCUCCAUUGCGCUGCCUGAAAUUAUGAACAUGAUCUGGAAGCGAAUUAGUGAUCAGGGAAAAAAUUGGAGGCAUGUUUUGAAAGCUCUGAAUUUGUUGGAAUAUUUGUCAAAAGUUGGGGCCCACCAGGUGGCUGAGAAUUGUAAAUCUCAUAUACACACCUUGCAGCUACUCGGGGAAUUCCAGCACUUUGAAGAGGGCAAAGAUUACGGAGCCAGCAUCAGAGAAAAAUCGAAACAAUUUGUAUCUUUGUUGAGAGAUAAUGAGAGAUUUAAGAACGAAAGAUCAAAGGCCCUGGCAGCCAAGGAAAGAUUAGCACAAUCUUCAGGAUUAGGGGUGGCUCGAAGCACAUCAAAUGCCCCACAGCUCAGUUCGGAGUUUGAAGCUGUCCGUCCAUCCAGUUUUGGAGAGGAGGAUCUGCAACUGCAGCUAGCACUAGCCAUGAGCAAGGAGGAGCACGAAGGGGAGAUGAAAAGAAGGAAGGAGGAUGAGUUCAAACUGCAGAUGGCGCUGGAGGAGAGUAAGAAGAUAAGUUCAGAGGUCAGAUGGAAGGAUGGAUGGCUGCAAGCGUCAUCUUUUCUUUUCUCAUCCCCUAUCAAACAGCUAUCACCUCCAUCAUCAUCAUCAUCCCAGCAGACGUCAUCAUCGUCGUUUCUACCAUCGUCACUAACCUGGGAUUCGAAUCUUCACCAUACAGCAGCAGCUCCAGCAGCAUUAAACCUUGACCCUUGGAGUUCACCGACCUCGAAUAACCUUUCGAAUAACCAUCAACAGCAGCCGGCUUCUGAUCCCUGGGGUUUACCUGCUAGUGAUCCGUGGUCUAGUUCUUCUGUUGCUAAUGAGGACCUUCUAUCCGGGACAGUGUGGAGUACUGGCAGCUCAUUGGCUGACGGUUCGAAAGAUGACCAAUCGAAAAAGAAGAUGAAGUCGGUCGAGGACUUUCUUGGCGAGAAUUCCAAUCUCGUUAAUCUCAAUGAUCUGAUAUCCAAGCCUCCUCCAUCUACAAUAGCCAAUCCAUUCAUGAUGACGUCACUGAAUACUCGUCAGGCGACGGCCAAUCAAAUGGCAGCUUCGUUGCCUACUGCAGCCCAUGGCGGCGGCCCUAGUAACAUUUGGUCGACUCCCAUUGGUCAAGUUCAGCCUAUCUUACCGGCAAAUCAGAGUCAAGCAUUUGUGCUCAUGCAGAAUUAUCCACAGCAAAAUAAUCCAUUUUUAUGAAUGAAUGAAUGAAUGGAUGGAUAGAUAGAUGGAUGAAUGAAUGAAUGAGUGAAUGAAUGAAUGAAUGAAUGAAUGAAUGAAUGAAUGAAUGAAUGAAUGAAUGAAUGAAAUGAUAGAUGGAUAAAGGAACGAACAAAUAAGUGUAUGGGAAAUUUAAUUUAUGAAUGUUUCAAUGAAUACCUUUGUGACGAAUGGGAUGAAUAAAUAAAUAUAAGAAUGAUUGAAUGCAUUGGUGAAUAAAUGAUUGAACGAAUAAAUGAUUGAAUGAACCUGUGAAUGAACAAAUGAACGAAACAUAAUUACAUGCAGAAAUGAAUAAAACAUGUAAUUAAUUACCAAACAAAUUUUGUCAAAAGAAGCGAGAGAGAUAGAGAGGGAGAGAGAGAGUAAACGAAACUUCAUUUUCAAUAGAUAGAUUUACUGUAAUCAAUUAACUUGCAAUCUAUCCAUUAUUCAAACCAUUUUUUAAGAUUUUUGUCGUCCUUAAUCUGUGUUAUGAAAAUUUUUUGUUUUCGAACGAAGAUCCCAGGUACGUAAAUCCGUAGUAGAGUAGCUUCCGUUUGUUGCCAGCUGUCCGUCCGGACGACUGAGUGGGCAUUGCGGAAUAAAUUAGAACUCUAGUCUGCUUGGGUGGUUUUUGUCGCUUUAAUGUUUUCAUAAUAUUGACGACGAUGCGUGUUUCUGUACCUCUGU